AUGUCCGUCACCCUACACACCAGCCACGGCGACAUCAAAAUCGAAGUCUUUUGCGAGAGCGUCCCCAAAACCGCAGAAGCACGUCAUCUCCUCCCUCCCCCCUUCCUCUUCCUCUACGGCAAGGUAGGCCACCCGCUAACUCGGCGACAGAACUUCCUUGCCCUCUGCGCAUCGGGCUACUACGACGGGUCGCCGUUCCACCGCCUCAUCCCCAAGUUCAUCCUGCAGACGGGCGCGCCGGCGCACCCGGGGCCCGACGACCCCAAGGGCGGGCGGUCCAUCUGGGACGCGGCGUUCGAGGACGAGAUCCGGCCGUCGCUGCGGCACGCGCAGCGCGGCACGGUGAGCAUGGCGAACAAGGGGCCCGGCACCAACGGGUCGCAGUUCUUCGUGACGCUCGACAAGGCCCCGCACCUGGAUGGCCUGAAUACCGUCUUUGGGAGGGUCAUUGGCGACGAGGCCAUGGCGACGCUGGCCCGGCUCGAGGCCGAGGAGGUGGACCGCAAGGCGAGGCCGCUUGCCAGGGGCGACGUGAGGAUCGAUCGUGUGACGGUGCAUGCGAAUCCCCUGGCGGGCUGA